CCAGGAACACGCAGCAGUGCCACAUGAAAAUAAAGGAGCUUCGGCAAGCGUACCAGAAGACAAGGGAGGUGAACAGUCAUUCUGGUUCUGCCCCACAGACAUGCCUCUUUUAUGAGGAUCUGCAUGCGAUUCUUGGCGACGACCCCACCACUACCCUAAAAUGCUCCAUGGAUAUCUCCCAGGAGUGCUGGGCGACCUUGAGCAACAACGAGGAGGACAUUGUUGACGAGGAGGAGAAUGUGAGGCAGGCAAGCAGAGGAUCCAUUCUCCCUGACAGCCAAGAACUGUUUUUAACCCUGGAGCCCAUCCCUUCACAGGACCAGUUGGCGGUGGAGUGUGAUGCUACAGAAGGCACCUCUGCUGAAACCUUGUCCAUCAGCACAUCCUCCACACCGGGACAGAGACUUUCCCAGAUUAGAAGGUGGAAAAAGAAGUCUCAGGAGGACGUGUUCAGUGAGUUAAUGCGUGUCUCCGAGAGUGACAAGACAGAGCUCAGAGCAUGGAGGAUUACACUGUCCAAGAACCUGGACAUGGACAGGGAGGACAGGAGAGCAUUCAGGGAACAAGAGCGUGCCACGCAAGAAGAGAUGCUGCAGCUUAUGAAGGAGCAAUCAGACAUGUUGAGGCAUCUGGUUGAGGUUCAAGAAAGGCAGCUGGAUACUGGAGUCCCCCUGCAGCCUAUGCUGAACCUGCUGCUAUCAUCACCCAGUUCUACAUCCUCCUUCCCCAAACAUCCUCUGAGGCGGGGAGUGGGGGAGGGGAGAUCCGUAUCCCUUGCACUCAACACCAGGGGAGGGUACAAGGACCAGAAGGCACCUUUGAUUGCUACUGCAGUGCAUCUGUAAGCAAGCUUUCCUUGUUUCUUCCCCCACAUUGUUAUCAGUCCUUUUGCCCCAGGUUAUCUUUCUUUUCUUUGCUGUCUCUGUGUGUAUGUGUGCAUAAUAAAACGUA